AACUUGAGUUCAGUUGGCAACACUUUCCUAUACCGAAAUGACAAUCAGAAUAUGAGAUGAAUUCAAUGGAAUUUGAUGAUCUUGAAUAUUCGCACAUGAAUCAGUUAUUUAUUUUGAUUUAAACUCGCAGAAAAACCAGAGAUAAUGGCUAAACCCGCACCCUCAAAAGGCGGCAAAGGAAAAUCUGGUGAUGAAAUUUUCAGCGGAUUCCAAAACCUUCGAAGCGAACAAAGGCAACUUGCGAAUAAAAUAUCAGAAUUGGAAAUGGAUCUAAACGAACACAAGAUCGUUAUCGAGACUCUGAAGGGUGUAGAGGGAAGCCGCAAGUGCUUCCGGAUGGUGGGCGGCGUGCUGGUGGAGCGAACGGUGGCGGAGGUGUUGCCGGAGUUGGAGAACAACCGCGAGCUGCUCCCAAAGGCGCUGGCGGCGCUGCAAGAGCAACUCACCAAAAAGGGGCAGGAGAUCAACGAGUACAUCGAGUGCCACGACAUCCGCGUGCAGCGCGGCGGCGGCCCCGAGCCCGCACAGGACGCGCCUGCCGCCAAGACCAACGUGCUCGUGGCCAGUGGGUGACCACACUCACACGAUUUAUAUUAAUAAAUUAACACUUAUCUUUUA